CACACUCACACACAUACACACACCCCCGCGGAGGCUGGCAGCGUCCUCCUUGCUGAAAUGGGCGUGGGGCCGAGCGCUUGGCCCAUGGUCCCCCGAAGGUUGUCCCAAAGCCGGCCGCAGAGUCUAGGCUCGGCGCUCGGGACCCACGGAGGCCCCGCGUCCGCGGAAACUGGUAUCACCCGGGCCCGGUCCCAGUGAGCCGCGCUCGCGUCAUUCAUUCGCCGCGUCCGGAGCGUCCCAGCGGCGAGCUAGGCUUCGCUGCGUGUGCCAGUGGCCCCGACGUGGAGUGUUAGCGCGCGGUGACCUCGACUGCGCGGAGCGGCCAGAGACGGAGGCGGCCCGGAGCUCGGCUCCGAGAGCAGCCGCGGCGCAGCCCAGCUCGGCCCUCGCCGCGGGGCCGUGUGUUUCUGUCGCCCGCAGCCCUGCCCGCCGCGGGCCCGGAUCCCGGGACUGAGCGCCGCCACUUCCUCCUCCCGCUCCUCGCGCCGCCGCGGGCGGGAGUCGGGCUGCUGGGCGGCGGGCCUGGGCGUCUGCGGCCCCGGGCUCGCGGGGGGCGGCGCCGCCGCGGGGAGGAUGCUGCUCGCCGCGCCCGCGUCCUCGCCGUCCUCCCCGGCCUCCCGCGGGGUCUUUGUUGUGGCCCGGGCGCCGCGGGCGGCCGGCUGGUGAAGUCGCUCUCCGCCGCCGCACCUAGCGGGCGAGAGGGCGCGCGUGUGCCCGGGAGUGCGCGCCUGUGCGCGCCGGUGUGUGCAGGACCCGACCCGCGGCCCCAUUGUGUGUCCGCCCGCGGCGCCCGGGAACAUGUGGGUGAACCCCGAAGAGGUGCUGCUGGCUAACGCGCUGUGGAUCACCGAGAGGGCCAACCCCUACUUCAUCCUGCAGCGGAGGAAGGGGCACGCGGGCGACGGAGGCGGCGGCGGCGGACUCGCGGGCCUUCUCGUGGGUACCCUUGAUGUCGUGCUGGACUCCAGUGCUCGGGUGGCUCCUUACCGAAUCCUGUACCAGACUCCAGACUCUUUGGUCUAUUGGACCAUCGCCUGUGGCGGUUCCAGAAAAGAAAUCACCGAGCACUGGGAAUGGCUGGAGCAGAAUCUACUGCAGACCCUCUCCAUCUUUGAAAAUGAGAACGAUAUCACCACAUUUGUGAGAGGAAAAAUACAGGGCAUCAUUGCAGAGUAUAACAAGAUCAACGACGUGAAGGAAGAUGAUGACACGGAGAAGUUCAAAGAAGCCAUUGUGAAAUUCCACAGGCUGUUCGGGAUGCCCGAGGAAGAGAAACUCGUCAACUAUUACUCUUGCAGCUACUGGAAGGGGAAGGUCCCCCGCCAGGGCUGGAUGUACCUCAGUAUUAACCACCUUUGCUUUUAUUCUUUCCUUAUGGGAAGGGAAGCCAAGCUGGUGAUCCGGUGGGUGGACAUCACACAGCUGGAGAAGAGUGCCACGCUGCUCCUGCCUGAUGUGAUCAAAGUGAGCACGAGGUCCAGUGAACAUUUCUUCUCCGUCUUUCUCAACAUCAAUGAGACCUUCAAGUUAAUGGAGCAGCUGGCGAACAUAGCCAUGAGGCAACUCUUAGACAAUGAGGGAUUUGAACAGGACAGAUCCCUGCCCAAACUGAAAAAGAAGUCUCCUAAAAAAGUGUCAGCCCUGAAACGCGAUCUCGAUGCCAGGGCGAAGAGCGAGAGGUACCGUGCACUCUUCCGGCUGCCCAAAGAUGAAAAACUGGACGGCCACACGGACUGCACCCUCUGGACUCCAUUCAACAAAAUGCACAUUUUGGGGCAGAUGUUUGUGUCCACGAAUUACAUCUGCUUCACCAGCAAGGGGGAGAACGUGUGUAGCCUCAUCAUCCCACUCCGUGAGGUGACAAUUGUGGAAAAGGCAGACAGCUCCAGCGUACUCCCCAGUCCUUUAUCCAUCAGCACCAGGAACAGGAUGACCUUCCUGUUUGCCAAUUUGAAAGAUAGAGACUUUCUAGUGCAGAGGAUCUCGGAUUUCCUGCAGCAGACGACCUCCAAAAUAUACUCUGACAAGGAGUUUGCAGGCAGCUACAACAGCUCAGAUGAUGAGGUGUGUUCUCGGCCUAGCAGCCUCGUCUCCUCCAGUCCUCAGAGAAGCACGAGCUCUGAUGCCGACGGAGAGCGCCAGUUUAACCUGAAUGGCAACAGUGUCCCCACAGCCACACAGACCCUGAUGACCAUGUACCGGCGGCGGUCCCCAGAGGAGUUCAACCCGAAACUGGCCAAAGAGUUUUUGAAGGAGCAAGCUUGGAAAAUUCACUUUGCUGAGUACGGGCAAGGGAUCUGCAUGUAUCGCACAGAAAAAACGCGGGAACUGGUGUUGAAGGGUAUACCGGAGAGCAUGCGUGGAGAGCUCUGGCUGCUGCUGUCAGGUGCCAUCAAUGAGAAGGCCACGCAUCCCGGGUACUACGAAGACCUAGUGGAGAAGUCCAUGGGGAAGUAUAAUCUUGCCACAGAGGAGAUUGAGAGGGAUUUACACCGCUCCCUUCCAGAACACCCAGCUUUCCAGAAUGAAAUGGGCAUUGCUGCUCUAAGGAGAGUCUUAACAGCUUAUGCUUUUCGAAAUCCUAACAUAGGAUAUUGCCAGGCCAUGAAUAUUGUCACAUCCGUGCUGCUGCUUUAUGCCAAAGAGGAGGAAGCUUUCUGGCUGCUGGUGGCUCUGUGUGAGCGCAUGCUUCCUGAUUACUACAACACCAGAGUUGUUGGCGCACUGGUGGACCAGGGUGUCUUCGAGGAACUAGCACGAGACUAUGUCCCCCAGCUGUAUGACUGCAUGCAGGACCUGGGCGUGAUUUCUACCAUCUCCCUGUCUUGGUUCCUCACGCUGUUUCUCAGCGUGAUGCCCUUUGAGAGUGCAGUUGUGGUCGUGGACUGUUUCUUCUAUGAAGGAAUCAAGGUGAUAUUCCAGUUGGCCCUGGCUGUGCUGGAUGCGAACGUGGACAAGCUGUUGAGUUGCAAGGACGACGGGGAGGCCAUGACCGUUUUGGGAAGGUAUUUAGACAGUGUGACCAACAAAGACAGCACGCUGCCUCCCAUCCCUCACCUCCACUCCCUGCUCAGUGAUGACGUGGAGCCCUACCCUGAGGUAGACAUCUUCAGACUCAUCAGAACGUCUUAUGAGAAAUUUGGAACCAUCCGGGCAGAUUUGAUUGAGCAGAUGAGAUUCAAACAGAGACUGAAGGUGAUCCAGACGCUGGAGGAUACUACGAAACGGAACGUGGUCCGAACAAUUGUGACGGAAACUUCCUUUACCAUUGAUGAGCUGGAAGAACUCUAUGCUCUUUUCAAGGCGGAGCAUCUCACCAGCUGCUACUGGGGCGGGAGCAGCAAUGCACUGGACCGGCACGACCCCAGCCUGCCUUACCUUGAACAGUAUCGCAUUGACUUUGAGCAGUUCAAGGGGAUGUUUGCUCUCCUCUUUCCCUGGGCCUGUGGAACUCACUCGGAAGUGCUGGCCUCCCGCCUGUUCCAGUUAUUAGAUGAAAAUGGAGACUCUCUGAUAAACUUCCGAGAGUUUGUCUCUGGGCUAAGUGCUGCGUGCCACGGGGACCUCACAGAGAAACUCAAACUCCUGUACAAAAUGCAUGUCUUGCCUGAGCCAUCCUCUGAUCAAGACGAGCCAGAUUCUGCUUUUGAAGCAACUCAGUACUUCUUUGAAGACAUCACCCCAGAAUGUACACACGUGGUUGGGUUGGAGAGCAGAAGGAAGCAUGGUGCAGAUGACGGCUUCGUCACAGUGAGUCUCCAGCCGGACAGAGGGAAGAGGGCAAAUUCUCAAGAAAAUCGUAAUUAUCUGAGACUUUGGACUCCAGAAAAUAAAUCAAAAUCAAAGAACGCAAAGGAUUUACCCAAACUGAAUCAGGGCCAGUUUAUCGAGCUGUGUAAGACAAUGUACAACAUGUUCAGCGAAGACCCCAAUGAGCAGGAGCUCUACCAUGCCACGGCAGCGGUGACCAGCCUCCUGCUGGAGAUCGGGGAAGUUGGGAAGCUCUUUGUCACUCAGCCUGCAAAGGAGGGCGGCAGCGGGGGCAGCGGGCCCACCUGCCCCCCGGGCAUCCCGGGCAUCCUCUUCCCCAAGAAAGGGCCCAGCCAGGCGUAUGUGGUAGAGUCUGUUGAGCCCCUCCCGGCCAGCUUGACGGUGGAGGGUGAGGAGCACUCCCUGGGAGGCCAGAUGGAGGACAUUAAGCUGGAGGACUCCUCUCCCCGGGACAAUGGGGCCUGCUCCUCCAUGCUGAUUUCCGACGACGACACCAAGGACGACAGCUCCAUGUCCUCAUACUCAGUGCUGAGUGCCGGCUCCCACGAGGAGGACAAGCUGCACUGCGAGGACAUCGGGGAGGACACAGUUCUGGUGCGCAGCGGCCAGGGCACGGCAGCACUGCCCCGGAGCACCAGCCUGGACCGGGACUGGGCCAUCACCUUCGAGCAGUUCCUGGCCUCCCUCCUGACUGAGCCGGCCCUGGUGAAGUACUUUGACAAGCCUGUGUGCAUGAUGGCCAGAAUCACCAGUGCAAAAAACAUCCGGAUGAUGGGCAAGCCCCUGACCUCGGCCAGUGACUAUGAGAUCUCUGCCAUGUCGGGCUGACACCUGCGCCUUCACGGGGGACGGGUGGGGUGGGGGAGGGAAAGGGUUUUGUUUUGUUUUUAAAUGUUCUGUGUUGGGGUUUCUUUCUUCCUUUUAAAUUAAAUAUUUAUUAGUACGUGGCUUGAAGCCUCGUGUUUUCAUAAUAUAAUACAAUGAAAACCGUUGGAGAAAUAUUUAAACGCCUCGAUGUAGGUACACUGUCUUGGGGGGGGUGGAUUUACCAGAAUACAGUUUAUUCCGUGAAUUCCAAACAAAGAUGAAUCUGUCCGUGAUAUGUGUGUAUUUUAAUCUUGCUGUUGAGCUAUAUACGUGGUUUAAAAAAAAUAGUGCUGUUUAAUGCUAAAUAAGGCAACGGCCAUUUGUGUAUUUGGGCUUUCUAAAUGAACCUGCUGGAUCCAUAGGAAAAUGAAAUGCCACGAACACAAGAAUGUUCCCAAAAGGAAAAGGCAGUGUCAGCUGAGGGAAAUCCUAUACCAUCUGAGGGAGCAUUCACAAUGUUUUUUAAGAUUUGAAAUAUAUUUCAUAAAAUUCCUCUAUUCAAAAAUCACAUUUGACAAAUGUUUCCUUUCAAGGGGGAAAUGUUUGAGGUUCUAAACAAUUAUGAACGUGUAAAUGGUUUUUACAUGAUACCAGAAUGACACUCCUAUUCGAUCAAUCUGGACCAAUACCAGGCUGAUUUUGCAUUGGAAAACUGUUCUGAUUAUUUAAGUCAGCUGACCAGAAUUCAGGGAAAAUGAACAGUCUUUUGUUACAGAGAAUCUGAAAAUGGCAACAAAGAUGACAGAGGGCUCAGGAAUUUUUUUUUCUUUCUUUCUUUUCUGGAAAGAGUAAAAGUACUGAUGCUUCUGAUGCUGGAUCUUCAGCUUCUUGUUACUCCCUGCAAAUAAAGCAAAAACUAAAACAAUAAACUUUAUCAUUUCUAUACUCCAUAGAUUCAAGAAAUCAUGCCAUGUAUCGCUUAUGAUCAUCUUUCCAGUUAAAUCAAUGUAAAGUAGUGAUCAUGUAAACUUUAAAAAAAUCUGCAAGAUAACGUACCUAAAUGUUUUAAAGCAGAACUUGUCACUUUAUUAAAAGAAUAGUAUGCUCUAUCUAUUUCCUGAAUGGAUGUGGAAAAGAAGACUAGCGCACCUGCACUUUGGAUUCUUGCUUUUUUUUUUUUUUUUAUUACUAUUACAGUUUUGCCUUUUACAGAUGUUGAAGGUGUUCUCUCCUGUUGAAUCAUCAUCAUGGUCACAUUUUCUUUGCUUAUUCGGUGUUCCUGUCAACACAUUCCUUUAUGAAUCCUUGUGUUUUUAUUUUAGCUCUUGCUGCUGUUUUUUGUUUACAGAAUGAUUUUUAAACUGUCCAAUGAAGUAGUGUUAACCUCAAGUAGGACCAAUGUGAACAAAUAAAAUACAUCAGAUAUUCAGAUACGG